UUUUGAACCAUGCCCCAGUCUGAGCCCCAGGACAGCUGAGUCCACAGAGAGGAGCACAUCUUUGGGAAGUAGGCCUUGAUUACAGGGCCUUCUAUUGUGAUUUCCAGCUGCAGGACAGAGGGAGUGAGUGGAGGAGAGCAACUCAGAGUGGAGGCAGAAGACUGGGACAAAAGGAGAGAAAGAGAGAUGAGUCCAGAGCACUGCAGCUCGGUGAAGACACAAUACAAUACACACGUGAAACUAUAACUGCAGGACACACACCCCCACUACUGGUAACAAAAAGGGAGGCCUGGAGGGACUUGGAGGAAGCAGUAAAAGCUAUCCAUCAAUCCAUCUAACCAGCCAGCAGCAAUGCAUUGGCUGAUGUGGAGCCUGUGCGCCCUGCUCUGCCUCUCUUUCUGGGAGGAAAGUUACUGCAGGAGCUCAAGGGAAGCCCGGAGGACCAAGGAGCCAUCUCUCCACAGGAGUAAAAGAGCUCCCAUGGACCCUGAUGCCAAAAAGUGUUCCUACACUUUCCUGGUGCCUCAGCAGAGAAUCACAGGUCCAAUCUGUGCCAGCACCACAGGCCCUGAGCCAGACAAGGACAGAGUGACCCGUAUGGACAUUGCAGAUGUGCGGGAGGUGCUCAGCAAACAGCGGCGUGAGAUUGAGACGCUGCAGCUGGUGGUGGAUGUGGAUGGUAACUUGGUGAAUGAGAUGAAGCUGCUGCGGAAAGAGAGCAGAAACAUGAACUCCAGGGUGACCCAACUCUAUAUGCAGCUGUUGCAUGAGAUCAUCAGGAAGAGGGACAACUCUCUGGAGCUGGCCCAGCUGGAGAACCGUGUCCUCAACGUGACCUCUGAGAUGAUGCGACUGGCUUCAAGGUAUAAGGAGCUGGAGGGCCGCUUUGCUACAAUGGCAGGGGUGGUCAACAACCAGUCUGUUCUUAUAUCCGCACUGGAGGAACAGUGUAUGAGAACCCUGGGACGUGGUGAGCUGCCUGCAGUUCCCCCACUUGUACAGGUGGUACCUCAGAAUAUACCGGUUAACAAUCGUUUCACUAAUGAGAUACAGAGGGACCACAACAACCGGGCCUUUCCUCGGGGAUCACGCAUGGACUCCCCCACUGCAAGCCCGUUUGGCAUCAACCCUCCACCACCACAGGGAACACUCACCUCAGAUGGUCCUUUCAAGGACUGUUACCAGGUGCGACAGGCAGGUCACACUACUAGUGGGAUGUACCUGCUGAAGACAGAAGGCAGUGACCGGCUGAUCCAAGCCUGGUGUGAACAUGGCCUUGACAAUGGAGGAUGGACCGUGUUGCAAAGGAGGAAAGAUGGCUCUGUUAACUUCUUUCGGAAUUGGGAGAAUUACAAGAGAGGCUUUGGAAACAUAGACGGUGAACAUUGGCUUGGGCUCGACAAUAUCUACAACCUGGGGAAGCAGGGUGACUACAAGCUGAUGAUAGAGCUGGAGGACUGGACAGGGAAGAAAGUGUACGCCGAGUACAGCAGCUUCCACCUGGAGUCAGAGAGUGAGGGCUAUCGGCUGAGGCUGGGCACCUACCAGGGCAACGCCGGGGACUCCUUCAGCAGUCACAAUGGCAAACAGUUCACCACGCUCGAUCGCGACAAGGAUGCUUUUUCUGGCAACUGCGCCCACUUCCAUAAGGGUGGUUGGUGGUACAAUGCUUGUGGCCAGACCAACCUGAACGGUGUAUGGUACAGCGGGGGAGUUUAUCGCAGCAAAUUUCAGGACGGGAUCUUCUGGGCAGACUACGGAGGAGGUUUCUACUCCCUCAAGUCAGUCCGUCUGAUGAUCCGACCAAUCGACUGAAACCUUGGACUGUGGUGUGGACCUUUGAUCUUCAAGUGCCUCAGUCUCCUUCUUUAUCCUUAUCUACCCAUAAAGUAAAUACUGUAAAAGGCAGAAUGAGGGAUCCCUGCCAUCGUUCAGCCGUGUCUUGUAACAAGUUGGAGGAGGAAGAGACGAUGGCAUGUGUUUAUGGCCAGACAAUAAUGACCUCUGCAGUCUGCGCAGCGGCUAACUUCCAAGUUGACUUUAACGCUGAGAUGAAGACCGAUACCAUUGCCCUUCUACACCUUUCAGUCUGGACAGUAAUGGUCCAUUAAGCUCCCUGGGACCAUUCAGUAUUACUCUCAAGUGUCUUAUUUUACUCACUCUUGUUGAAACUCAGUAUGUAAUAAAGGGAAAUGGUCAUUUACUAAAGACAUGAGAUUUCUUCUGAGCAGCUAAUGGUGACUUAUUGAAAGUAGCGAUGCCCGCUCAAAAGGGGCUAUUGGAUGUACUGGGAUGUUUCACCUUACUAGCAUAAAAAAAAAAUGAUGCAAUUUCAAUUUCGAGUGUUGCCAGCUAGAAUACCUGCCAGUCAAAUGGCUAGAAGACAGGCCUGCAAAACCUAUUGUCUUGUGCUACUUUUUUCUGGGUUUUGUCUGAACUUCUCCCCCCCACCCCCCACCCC